AGGAGGAGUCAACCAUGACGCUACUACAUAAACGUCAAACUGGCUGUGAUCCGUGAGGUGUUUGUCCUGAUAGAGCAGAGGCACUGCCGAGUCUCCGGCAUAUGAUCAGUGUGUUCUCGCUACCCGGCAUCUGAGAUCCGGUCGCUGCGCAGCACGGUUCAGUCGUUUCAUCUGCAAUCGGCGCAUCGGCGGGGGAGGUUUUUGUUCCCGUAUAGAGGAACAAUGUCAAGUUUAAAAAAGCGAAGCUCAAACUCGUCGGCGGAGCGAGAUGAAGAGGAGCAGGUGACCGAAAAAAUGCUUUCCCCAGGGGAGAACGGGAGCGCGGCCCGAAACCGAGCUCAAGGGAGUCCGAACGGGGAAGGGAAUGACGCCGGGGAGGAGACGGUCGUCCUUCAGAGAACGAUAACACUAAUGAAUGGCGUAGCCAUAAUCGUGGGUACCAUCAUAGGAUCGGGCAUCUUUGUGACUCCAACUGGGGUGGUGAAGGAGGCCGGUUCCGUUGGACUGUCGCUCAUCAUUUGGACAGUUUGUGGGGUUUUCUCCACGGUGGGAGCACUGUGUUACGCCGAGCUGGGCACCACUAUUACCAAGUCGGGCGGCGAUUAUGCCUACAUUCUGGAGGUGUAUGGCUCGUUGCUGGCUUUCCUCAAGCUCUGGAUAGAGCUGCUCAUCAUCCGACCCUCGUCGCAGUACAUUGUCGCCUACGUCUUCGCUACCUAUCUGCUAAAGCCCAUCUUCCCCAUGUGCCCGGUCCCCGAAACUGGAGCUAAAGUCGUCGCAUGUCUCUGCAUAUUGCUCCUGACUGCUGUGAACUGCUACAGUGUAAAAGCUGCCACGCGGGUCCAGGACGCCUUUGCUGCUGCCAAACUGCUGGCCUUGGCGCUCAUCAUCAUCAUCGGUUUCAUCCAGAUCGGCAAAGGUGAAACAGACGGUCUCUUGCCAGAAAAUGCAUUCAAGGGAUCCAAUUCAGACUUUGGGCAAAUUGGCCUGGCCCUGUACAGCGGACUUUUCGCAUACGGAGGCUGGAAUUACCUGAAUUUUGUCACGGAAGAGAUGAUUGAACCAUACAAAAACCUUCCUCGUGCCAUCAUCAUCUCCCUGCCCAUCGUCACCAUCGUCUACGUGCUCACCAACCUGGCGUACUUCACCACCCUGAGUCCAGAGGACAUGCUUGUGUCGGAGGCUGUUGCCGUGGAUUUUGGGAACUUCCACCUGGGUCCGAUGGCUUGGAUCAUCCCAGUGUUUGUGGGGCUCUCCUGCUUCGGUUCUGUCAACGGUUCCCUCUUCACUUCCUCCAGGCUAUUUUUUGUAGGGUCUCGGGAGGGGCACCUACCCAGCCUGCUGUCUAUGAUCCACCCCAACUUGCUGACCCCUCUGCCCUCGCUGAUUUUCACGUGCUUGAUGACGCUGCUCUACGCCUUUUCCAACGACAUCUUCUCUGUCAUCAACUUCUUCAGUUUCUUUAACUGGCUCUGCAUUGCCCUGGCCAUCAUUGGCAUGAUGUGGCUACGUUAUAAGAAGCCCGAGCUGGAGCGGCCAAUCAAGGUGAACAUCCUGCUGCCUGUGUCCUUCGUGCUGGCUUGUCUCUUCCUCAUCGUCGUCUCCGUCUGGAAGACGCCACGGGAGUGUGGAAUCGGGUUCGGCAUCAUCGCCACCGGUGUGCCCGUCUACUAUUUUGGCGUCUGGUGGCAAAACAAGCCCAAGUGGCUGCUGAAUCUUAUCUUCUCAUCGACGGCGUUGUGUCAGAAGAUCCUGGAGGUGGUGCCUCAGGAAUCAUGAGCUGACAGCUCCCUCUGCCCCCCUACCCGCCCCCCCCCCCCCCGCGCCACUGCCUCCACAAGCCUGAAAGGAUCCAUGCAUCUCACACUGUAACAGGUCCUCAGCAAUAGGAGGUGGAAAUCUGUGACACACUCGUCUCCUCGUCUGCCCUGCCUCCAACUCUGCAUUCCUAAUAUACUGACUGAAGGAGCGAAGCAUGUAUUUUUAAAUUAGUUUUUCUUGUUUUUAUAGGAGGCAGGUGGGGAAGUAGAGACUGAGGGUGGCGCCUGACAUACUGAAUUAAAACUAUAUUUACACGUCUGUACCUGGAAUGCACUUUCCAGAUGACAUCACCUCCUUUUCUGUGUUUCUUGCCUUUCAGUGUCCCUUAGCCUUUUAGUGAUUUUGACAGCAUCACAUGUCCAGUUCCUUAGCCUCCUUUCCUCUCUAUCUUAAAAGGACUAUUUUGUUUUUCUUAUUUGUUAAAUACACCAGUUUCACGACGACCUUUGCGGCGUUCCUCACAACCCCGAGUCGACUCGCGAGUGGGACUCGGGCCUGUGCAAGCGCUGGUUAGAGGCGGAUGGAACCUCUGGCUUCCAUGUCUGCCUAGAGGAAGCGGCAUGGAGACGUUCAACCUGCAGGGGGCAGCUUUCUGCAUCUCUCCGACAUAGAACGGCCCAGAACCAAAUAUUAGGCCACACGAAGGGAUUCUCAGCUUAGUGCUCUGAAGGUGCCCCAGUGCAGGCCUUCGUGGGGCCUGCCACCUGUCCCCCACAUCGGAGAACAUUCCCCAAGAUCAGACCCUGUGGUCAGGCUCUGCCCAGCAGGCUCAAGGCUACGAGUCGAAGGCGUGUUGCCUUUUUGCCUCACUCGCUAUCUGUGCCUUGAUUCGAUAUUUAUGAUUCAGAUAUUUUUUUAAAUCCUCAUUGCUAGAAUAUUGAUUUAUUUUUAUAGCUAAAUAAUAGCUUUGUAUUGUGUUUUUAGGUUUAAUCCUUUUCAGUUAACCGAGUAGAAUUUCUGUAACAGGCCACACUAUCAUCUAUUAGUAUUAUUAUUAUUGUUGUUGUUUUUGUUGUUGUUGUUGUUGUUGACAAUUAAUUUGACACAUUUUUAACAAAUUUCAAUAUUAGCUGAGAUCAGAAUGCUAAUAGUCAGUAAUUCAUCCAGAAUUGGACAGCUACUUUCGUUUUCCUAAUAUUUUUAUCAGUACUGUUUUUACGUGCCUCUGGUUCAAAUAGAGAUCAGCUGGAAAUAUCCAGCCUAUUUUUUCAUCGAUGAUAUUUUAGAGCAUAAAAUAACAGUAUGAUAUGAUUUAAUAUUAAUAUUUUAUGGAUAGUUUCAAUUUGUUACUACUACAAUGCUGAGAGAAUUAGAGUGGACACAUUUUUUUAAGUUUGCCGUUUACUCACAUUGUUGGUUUUCUAACACGUGCAACAUUGAUUUAAUGAGGUUACGAUGCUUAAUGACUGGGCUGGUUACGUCAUCGGGCUCCAUGAACUGGGCUCACCACUGUGACAUCACAGGAGUCAUGCCGCUUCUCCACUGUCAUACAGGAACCAGGCUGUACUGACCUAUGCUGCGUAGACCCACUAGUUCCAGCUCACUUCGGUUUUCCACUACGGAGGGGCCGGCUUGGUAGAGGCGUUGCCGGGUUUGGAGAGCAACAGUGAAGUAAAACCAAGGAGAUGCUUAUUUACUGUUUACUCGGUGAACUUUAAUGAUAGCCACAUUAAACUUCAUGAACCACUGGCUGUAUUUUCUGAGCCCACUAGAUGGCGCCCUCUGUUCAAAAAAGCACUCAAAGUUUAUGGUUUACUAUGUGCUAAUUUCUACUAGCAUGUCUGUGAGGAUCACGCUGUUAGCAUGUAAUAUUAGUGGAAUUAUCAUUAGGUUGCAUAAAUUUGCAUCACAAAUCCGUUCUGUUUAGCCAUUUGUACUUUUUUAAGUCGGCGGUUAUAAAAUUUUUCCAAAAUUUCCACGUUGUCAGGAAUGUAUCAAUACAUCUCAAUGCGCAAUGCCACUAAUAAUUAAUAAAAUAUAGAAUAUGACCUUUUCCCCUUCAGAUAAUCUAUGAGCAGAACACCAGUAUCGCCGUACAUUUCGUCUAAUUAGAUUUAGGUCGGCUCAUGUUCAGCGUGGGUAUAGCUCGACUACAGCUUGGGUGUGGUUUGCAUACAUUGCAGUUAGACACAGGUAUAACUCAGUUCUUGGUGGCAGUGGGAAAGCGUCAUAUCCAUGUGUGCGAUAGGGAGUGGGUGUCAUAGGUUACAGGUUGAGGGUGCUUGGGGUGUAACAUAAGAUGUAAGACUGUUGGGUGUGGCAAAUGUUUUUGCAUCACAUGAGAAGCAACUUAAUGUUCUCCUGAAGAAUGAAAGGACGCUUAUUCUCGGGUUUGACAUGCACCUAGGUGUGCUUCUCUCAUGUGACGCGCCACGUUUCCUUGUAACGGAAACUUCAGUGUGAAACCACAGCUCGCUCUUCCUUCCUGGUGACGAAUUCGAUGAUUACUGCAGAGCUUAGAUCUUUUGCAGGGAACACUUUAGUGCUUUAUGAUCGGAGUGCGAAUCCCUUCCUGAGGAAAUCUGAAGCAGUCUACUUCCGUGAGUGCGUUUGAUGAUUUGGGUCCUUUGAGGCUCUCUUGAUUUGAAUCUCGGGGCUGUGCCUGGGUGGUCCUGGUGUGGUCCUGCUGCUCCUGGACGGACGUCCUGCUUUCACAUGAGUCGGCCCUGGUCUGCCACGCACGCCCACGCCGGGACAUUCUGCAUUUUUCUUGUGAUUAUAGAUCCUGCUCUUUGUGUCCUGCCCGCUCCUGCGGCGGUUACACCCUGAUAUCAGGCCCCACCCCAGGUUCUGAGGCCUCCCAGCGUGGGCCCAGGCUUAGUGCGAAUAUCUUAACUGCUGGUCAUGUUUAAUUGAAAUACUGAAUCCAAACUGUAAUGCCCGGCCACACCCCCCCCCCCCCCCCCAAAAAAAAAAGCCCUCCAAAGUGCAUUUUGUCUUGUGAGCCGCCCAGCCCACACUGAAAACACCAGGCUUUCUGAUCAUUAAUCAUUUCGUUCUGUUGUUUGAUGAAAAACGCCGAGGAUUUUGCUGCUGCACUCCGCACUGUUUCAGGCCGGAUGCUGGUCCUGUGCUCCAGGAUCUCUGUUACCCGUAUUUUCCCAGCUCACUCUGGCCGUAGCUGCCAGCCCUGCGCACAGACACACGCAGGCACAUGUACACGCCUAGGGGUGUGGAUGAAUGCACACACACACACGCACACACACAGUACCAUUAGAAAACACGCACAAGCUGUCCCAGAGGCACGUGCGAGGACACACUCUUUUUGUGAAUAUGCUCUUCAGGCGUGAUGUAUGAUUUGGCUUUCUUACCACUUAAUCUCCCCUGUGCUCACUGGUCUUUGGGAUGAAAAUUCUCAACAUUUCUGUAGAAAAUGCCAAAAGGUGAAGGUAGUUUACUGCACCGUUUGUCAUUUGUCUGUUUCUUAAAAAUGUCUGGUGAAUACAAUAAAAAGGUGACAUUGUGCAGAGA